ACUUUCUGGCAUUUUCUAUUGUUAAGAGCCGCAGAGAAAUUAUGAAGGCUUUCCUGGUCUGCGCCAUGCUCGCCACCGUCACCGCUGUGAGCAUUGCUCACCAUCUCGAGCUCUGCGAAAAGGAUGAUGAACAGCUGAGGAGUGAACUUGAAUGUAUCCGCGGCCUGCUUUCAGAAGCGGCAAAACAAAGCUUUGACGACGCUAUGGCUGAUCUUGGCUGCGCUGACUGGAGCUGCGUCAUCCGGAAACUGUGCGAGGGAGGCGAUUUGGAAGGAGCGAUGGCGCAAUAUUUCACGCAAGCACAGAUCACGGAAAUUCACAACGCUGCCACCGCAUGCGACCCCGACGCGUAGGAGGAAGACGGCAAAUGAAAACUGACUGCUCAUAUAUUCAAGAACGGUCCCUGCAUACAAACAUCCAGAUAGACUGAUUUCAGGACUGCGACCUGCAGAGUCGUAUCUUCUUAAUAAAUAUUAUUUUUAUUUGCUAUGAGACAAAAUAAAUACAAUUUUGCGUGAAA